ACGUAGUAUUCCGGUUAAGUGUUGACUGUUGUGGGGUGAUUAAUAUAUUGCUAAUAUGUCGUGUAUGUCUGUGGUGACCAGAGAGCAGUUCAUAUCAUAGAAGGUAUUCAUAACAGGCUGACAUAUUAAUAUAUAGUAUGAAGAUGGACAAACGAUAUGUGUGUCUCUUGUAUUUAACUGCGUUAUUUAUUGGAAUUUCUGCCAAGUCCCGACAUCGGAUUACUGGCGAAACAUUGUUAUCUGUCAAGCCUAGUCUGAAAUUAGAACCUCGCAUUGUUAAUGGCGAAGACGCGAUUGCCCAUUCAUACCCAUGGCAAGCAGCGCUGGUAUCUGAAGAAGAAGAAGAAGGAGAUCAAGAAAAGAUUAUGUUUUGUGGUGGUUCGUUGAUCGAUAAACAUUACGUGUUGACAGCUGCACAUUGUGUUGCUGGUGUAACCAAAGACGAAGCUACAGUUAUACUUGGCGAUCAUUUAUUGAAUGAAGAGGAAGGUGUAGAGCAAGUGCGCCAUGUAAGCAAGAUAAUCCGAAGUCCUGUAUACAAGAACUGCACAAUGGACAAGGACUAUGCUUUACUUAAAUUAGAUAAACCCGCGAUACUCAACGAGUAUGUUAAUGUGAUCCCUCUUGGGAAAGAAUUUGUUUCUUCGGGUGAUUGUAUUGUCACUGGAUGGGGAACUGAAGACGAAAAUGGAUCGGUGAACAACAUUCUAGAGGAAGCAACCGUAGAUGUGUUACCCCAGGAUAUAUGUCAAUAUGUUUGGAGCAACGUUAUAGACAUACUACCAAGUAUGCUGUGUGCUGGCACCGGGAUUUCUGGUUCGUGCUCGGGAGACAGUGGUGGACCGUUAAUUUGUCGUGACAAUGGAGAGUGGUUCCUGGCUGGCAUCACAAGUUGGGGUGCUGAAUGCGGCUUGAUGGGCGUUCCUGACGUUUAUACUCGUGUUAGUGCUAUUUACGAUGAAAUCAAAGCAGUGAUCGAUGGCAAAAAUAAUAAUAAUGUUUAAGAAGAGAAACAAAUUUUCGCAAUGAAAGCGAUAUCAUAUGAUUUACAAUUGUGUGUAUAGUAUCAGCAUGUUCAGUUCAGAAAAAAAAAUAAUUGUAAAUAAAUAUACCGGUAUGUUAGAAAUGCCUAUGU